GACGUUUCAAAACUUUGCAUAUCCAAAUAUGGCCUUUUGCUUUGACCGUCGGUGUUUUGGUGAUGUAGAAAAUAACUCGGUUUCAAGUUAAAUGUUUAACUUAUUUUAAUAAGUUUUUGAAUGUGCAGACCUUCUACGAACCGUCAAAUUAUUCAUUCAGAUGUCGUUUAGAGUGGUACGCAGCUCGAAGUUUCGGCACGUUUACGGGACCGCCCUAAAACGGGAGCAAUGCUACGACAACAUUAGGGUUAGCAAAAGUUCGUGGGACUCGACGUUUUGUACUGUAAAUCCGAAAUUUUUAGCUAUUAUCGUCGAAAGCGCCGGAGGCGGUGCUUUUAUUGUUUUACCGCACAAGCAAGCCGGUCGUAUAGCCGCGGACCAUCCACUGGUCGGCGGUCACAAAGGCCCCGUGCUAGACAUAGCGUUUUGCCCUCACAAUGACAACGUGAUCGCGAGCGGCUCUGAGGAUUGUGUCGUGAAAGUGUGGCACAUACCGGACCAUGGUUUAGUUAAGACGUUAACCGAACCAAUCGUCGACCUUCUCUACCACCAGCGGCGGGUGGGGCUGGUCUUAUGGCAUCCGACGGCGCUAAACGUACUUUUAACGGCCGGUAGCGACAACCAGGUCGUGAUAUGGAAUGUGGGCACCGGCGAGGCGCUCGUUCACAUCGACUGCCACCCCGACAUCAUCUACAGCGCCUGCUUCAACUGGGACGGCUCGCAGCUAUUGACGACCUGCAAGGAUAAGAAGAUACGAAUUAUCAACCCGCGAACCGGCGUUAUCGAAUCGGACGCCGUCUGCCACGAGGGCUCGAAAGCAACGCGCGCGAUUUUCUUGCGGCACGGGCUCGUCUUCACGACCGGUUUCUCGAAGAUGUCCGAAAGGCAGUACAGUUUGCGAACGCCCGACAUGCUUAGCGAGCCGAUCGUCAUGGUGGAACUCGACACGUCAAACGGCGUCAUGUUCCCCUUGUACGACGCGGACACGAACUUAAUCUACCUGUGCGGCAAGGGCGACUCGGUGAUCCGCUACUUCGAGAUAACGCCCGAACCGCCCUUCGUCCACUACAUCAACACGUUUCAGACGCCCGAUCCGCAGCGCGGCAUCGGCAUGAUGCCGAAACGCGGCUGCGACGUCUCGAUCUGCGAGAUAUCGCGCUUCUAUCGCCUGACGAACUCCGGCCUGUGUCAGGUGAUCACGAUGACCGUGCCGAGAAAGUCGGAACUCUUCCAGGAGGAUCUGUACCCGGACACGAUCGGCGACUCGUCCGCGUGCACCGCCGAAGAGUGGAUGGAGGGGAAGGACGUCGAUCCGAUCCUCAUCUCGCUCAAGGACGGAUACAAACCGCCCGAGGCGAAGAUUUCGAUUAGCGUUAACCGACGGCGCAACGUGCUCGAUAAGGGUUCGGGCAAAAGCUCCAAGGAGGCGGCGAAACCACAACCGGAAGUCUCGGACAAGACGCUGCAGGACUUCGCCGACGAGAUCCGAAAGUUGAAGGCGAUGAUCGUCAAGCACGAGAACAGGAUUAGGGCGCUGGAGGCGGAGGUAGCUUUAAGUAAAAGUAACGUCGACGAGGACGGACCGGGCGGCGACGGCCUGAACGCCGUGCCCCCGAUGGCGUCCGACGAAGUUUGAGGUGUUGUUUCAUUUUGUUAAAGGUUUCAGGUUUAUUUCAAAUAACAAUUCAUUCGUACUAACCCGUAAUGUAAGAUCGUACACUGCGAAAUCCAGAUCGGCCACACAGAAAAGUUUCGUACAGUACCGCCAGUUAAAUGAAUUACAAAUGAUUAGCCGGAGCUGUAGGUAAAAAUUUUUUUUUUCAGAUAAAUCAAAAUCCAAGGCCUACUUUAUUUUUACCAUCUUCUGAAGGAAUUAAAGGUUUCACAAACCGGACCUAACCUCAUUUUUCUUAAUGGACCACCCUGUAUAUUUUAAUCUAAAAAAUAUACCAUACCAUGGUUAACAAAAGAUUCAUUCAAGUGAUUCAAAAAAGAUUUUUGAACCAUUAUAAAGAAACUUUGGUCUUUCUGAAAUUGGCAAUUUUUUGAUUUUUCCUCGUAUUUUUUAAUUUUCAAAUGUUGAUUUUACCAAUUUAAGUUUGGCUCAAAAAGAGCAUAUGGCGCCUGUGUUGCUUUUUUGAUUACAAUUACAGUGUCGCAAAUGGGACACCCUGUACAUUAUUAGUAUAUGACCUUUAGGGCCAUUAAGUUCCAUACACACCCCUCCCCCCCCAGACCCCAUGGGAAUUUUCGAAAUUUUUAAAAAAAAUUUGCAAUUCCAAAAUAAAAAAGGACGCAAUCAUGUCUCAGUUUUCUUGUGUGGCCUUUCAGAUUCAUGCCCCUAAUUGUCAAAUUACAGUUCUCUUAACGAUACGGAAUUGAAGUUCCGACCACUGCCUCAUCUACAAUGCGUUUGUGUGUGUGCGUGUAUGCAUUUACCAUUUUUCGUUUCGUAACAACGAACCCCAUGUAUAUAAUGUUAUUAACAAUUUUCAAAGUAUAUAUGUCAUUUCGUGAACGGUGCCCCCUCGCCGUUUUGUUAUUAUUAUUUUUUAAAUAAAUCGCCUUAUAAGGUUGUCUUUUUACUAAUUAGUAACGUAAGGUACAAGUGCCUUUAGCGAAAAUGCACAAUAAGCCGACUUUAGUAUGAAAGUUUUUAAUUACAAUAGAUUUUAUGGAUUAUGUGAUAAUAAAAUGUAAUAAAUAAAUAAUUAUUUGUUAUUACUUAACAAUAAAUCAGUGCCAAAUG